AUGUCUUCGCUGACCGUCACCAGAAGCGCUAUUGAAAGGGCGAAGCGAUCGCGCGACUGGUCUUUGGGACUCUUCUUUCUCUUCUGUGUGGUUGGACUCUGGGUUUCAUCGUCAGUGCUGCUCAACGACCUGUUUGAGAAAGACAUCUAUUCAAAACCGUUUUUCAUCACAUGGAUAAACACUGCAUCCUUCGCGCUCUACCUCAUUCCGUACCAUUUGUCAAACCACACGGAAUUCGAUCUCGAUGCAGAAUAUCCACCGCUGACUGUCAAAGAGACUAUCCAGUUGGCAUUUUGGUUCUGCACCCUGUGGUUCCUGUCUAAUUUGGUCACAAACGCAUCGCUACUAUACACCUCCGUGUCCUCCCAGACCAUCCUGUCAUCGACGUCAUCCUUUUUCACCAUGCUAGUUGGCGCUUUCUUCCUGAUUGAGCGCAUUAAUAAAACAAAGCUGGUCUCUAUCGUGAUGUCCUUUGUCGGCGUUGUACUUGUCACCCGCAACGAUGACCCUUCCCCGACCGAAACCAAACAAUACGUCGUUAUGGGUAACAUUCUUGCUUUAUCGGGCGCUUUCCUGUACGGUGUCUAUUCAAUAUUGCUCAAGCUGAAAAUCAAGAACGACAGCAGAAUCGAUAUGAGACUUUUCUUUGGCUUUGUUGGCAUCUUCAACCUGCUAUUCUUAUGGCCACCGUUAGUUUUGCUGGACAAAAUCGGGUACGAGAAAUUCGAGCUCCCACCAACCUCGUACGUGUAUUUCGUGGUCAUCUUCAAUUGUGCCAUCUCGUUUCUCGCAGAUUUCCUCUGGGCCCGUGCCAUGCUUCUCACAUCGCCAUUGACGGUCACGUUAGGCUUAUCGCUGACAAUACCAUUUGCUAUGUUGUGCGACUUUGUGUUCAAACACAAGGUCAACUCAGGGGUGUAUAUUAUGGGAGCGUUGUUUAUCUGCUUGUCUUUCUACUUUGUGAACAAAAGUGAAAGCGAGCAGUAGUCUAGAAAAUAGGUAUAUAAAGGUAUGUGAAUGGAUAACCGGGAUCUUUUGACUUGAACAUGCUGGUGAAUAAGUUGUAGAUGAUGAAGAGCAUGCCAGCAAAAAGGAGCAUGCCAACAGGCCGGUUUUCCUUCGGUAUCCGUGGGAUGCCCUGAAUUAGGAGCCAUAGAAGAAGCGAAAAUAUCAUCUGGAACGCUAUCGACAACGUGACCUCGGCUCCGAUCAUGUUCUGGACUCCAGGGGUCAGAUAUUUGAGGCUACCAUCUUUGUCUUUGACCAGGAAUGGCACGUUUCUUUGCACAGCAAAGUUCACGCCGGAAAAGAAGAUGUAUAUUGCUAUGACGCUCAGCACCAGAAGCGCUGUUCCAUUUCUUAUUUUGUCGAGCACCUUCUGUUUUCUCGACCUCAAAAUUCUAAACAGAACGAAAAAGCCCGCGCAGUACUUCAAUGCCAGCACCAAGUCCAUUGGCUUGUUGAUCACAAUUUUGGUCUGGGUGAGCUCCCCCAAAAAUGUGGCAAACCGGAGCUCCUGGUCCGCUUGCUUGAUGGUGUCCGAUAUUGGAUAGGUGUAAUGUUCGCUGACGAUAGAUAAGCUCUCCGGCAUUGGGAUUCUUUUGUCAAAUUCAUCGUCGCUGUCAACAGGUUUAUAAAUAAGGGAAGAUAUAGGGUAGAUCCAGAGGUGUGGCACGGUGCUUAUAUUGUAUUUCUUGAAGUGUGCAAUGUUGUCGCCGGCAUCGACAGAGAGAAAAAAUACCUUUUGGAACGACGGGUUUGAUUCAUAGAAUGAGCGCGCAACUUCUUCAUACACGGGCUGAAAAUACUGGCACAGAUGGCAUUUCUGGUUUGCUUGUGCGGUCAGAAACGAGACAAGAAAGUAAUCCUUCUCUCCUUCAAAGAAGCUGUCAAACUCG